GAUAUAACAACAAUACCAUCGACAACAGUUGGUGAUUUGACAACAGCAGAGGAGGUAACGUCAAUAGAUAUCACAGCUGAUGAAGUAACAAGUGAAUCUGAGCGAACUACAUUUGUUGAUGCAACAACCAUACCGUCGACAACGGUAGAUGAUUUGACAACAUUGGAGGAGGUAACAUCCAUUGCUAUCACAACCGCUGAAGUAACGAGUGAUGCUGAUCAAACUACCUUGCUUGAUGCAUCAACGAUACCAUCGACAACAGUUGGUGAUUUGACAACAGCAGAGGAGGUAACGUCAAUAGAUAUCACAGCUGAUGAAGUAACAAGUGAAGCUGAGAUAACAUUACUUGAGAGGACAACGAUACCAUCGACAACAGUAGACGAUUUAACAUUAAUCGCUUUCACAACCGAUGAAGUAACAAGUGAGGAUGAGCAAACUACAUUUGUUGAUACAACAACCAUACCAUCGACAACGGUUGAUGAUUUGACAACAAUAGAGAAGGUAACAUCUAUAAAUAUCACAACCGCUGAAGUAACGAGUGAUGCUGAGCAAACUACCUUCCUCCAUGCAUCAUCUAUACUAUCGACGACAGUAGAUGAUUUGACAACAGUAGACGAGCUAACAUCAAUAGAAAUCACAACCGAUGAAGUAAUAAGUGAGCCUGAGAUAACUACAUUACUUGAUGCUAAAACGAUACCAUCAACAACGGCAGAUGAUUUAACAACAGUUGAGGAGGUAACAUCUAUAGAUAUCACAAACGAUGAAGUCAGUGAUGUGACUACUAGUGACGUAACAACGGUAAAUCAUUCUACAACUUCUUUUGAUAUAACCACCUUACAGAUAACAAGUGUAGAUACUACGAAUACAGUACCAUCAACAACUGGAAGUGUUAGAACUUUGGAGCCUACUACUUUACUAAUCACCACAGUAUUUACAACAAUUCCAGUUGUCACCUGCCCUCUUGGUCAGGUUCUAUGUGUUGGGAGUUCAAUAUGUAUUCCAGAAUCAUAUCUUUGUGAUCUGCACAUAGACUGCAUUAAUGGUUACGAUGAAACAGAGGAGGCUGGAUGUGUUUGUAAGGAAGACGAAUACAGAUGUAGUGACGGGAAAUGCAUACCAAACGAUUUUUUGUGUGAUAGCACCAUGAAUGAUUGCUUGAACAAUGAAGAUGAAGAACUUGAUAUAUGUGCUGAAACAUGUGACAUACCAGACAGCCAUAAAAACAGUUACUUUUUCCCGUUCAAAUUCAGAUAUAAACCUGGUGAAAGUAUAACUUAUAUGUGUUUUGACGGAUAUACAAUGUCUGGUAGUUCCACAAGUAUAUGUAAUAAUACACAAUGGUCAAAUGAUCCACCGGAUUGUCACGAAAAUUGCAAUAGCCUAAAACCACCUGACAAUGGACAGUUAUAUCCUGAUGUUCAAAUCAUCCACGGCCAAGCUGUUACAUUUUCGUGCAAUAAUGGAUAUGACUUGAUAGGUGCCCAGACAUUAAUAUGCAACGAUGGCCGCUACAUUGAUAAUACUCCUACAUGCCUUGAAAUUAAUGACUGUGAUCCCAGCCCGUGUUUGAAUGGAGGUACAUGUACAGAUGGAGUGGCCAACUACACCUGUAGCUGCUCGAAUGCAUGGCAAGGUGUAAAUUGUACCACAGAUACCAAUGAAUGUGCUGAGGAAGUUGAUAAUUGUCACGUGUCGGCAUCAUGUGACAAUACAGAUGGAAGUUACAGUUGCACAUGUAAUGAAGGUUAUUUUGGUGAUGGCUUCAAGUGCUAUGAAAAAAUCUUCUUCGACUUCGAUCAAGAUACAAGUUUACGAGAGAAGCAUGAGCGUACGAAUGGUACAGAGCUGAUAUCAGUCACAUUUAGACCGCGAUGCGGAUUCCCGUUUGGUAAUAAAUUUUACAAAGAGAUAUACUUCACUGAGAAUGGUGUGAUCGUGUUUCCUGAAGAGAAUUCAGAAAGGUAUGGAUAUCCAAAUGCGUAUGAUGAAGGGUUUACUGGUGCAAAUUCUGAGGCUAUGAUUGUUGCGCCAUUCUGGACCGAUGUUGACCUGUCUCAAGACUAUGGCGAUGUAUUCUACAGGCUUCAUGACACUUAUGAUUCCGUCAUUAUGGAUGCAAAUGAAAGAAUUCGUAGUAAUCCCGAAACCAGUCAGUUACAAUUUAAUGGCACGUGGAUGUUAGUUGUUACAUGGUAUCAAGUCCCUCAAUAUCUGGCAAACUUCACUUUUGAAAGGCCUAAUACAUUCCAAGCAGCAUUAAUAACUGAUGGAAUUUAUGGAAUAAUAUUCUUCAAUUUUGAGGAGACGAAAAUGCAGUGGGAUACUUCAAUUAUUAUCAAUAAGAAUCUCAUCAUUGGGUUUAACCGUGACGAUGGAUUCGAAAAUGCACAGAUUGAUUAUUUUAGUACUAUCGACGGAGCAUACAGGCCAGAUAAUGUAGAUGGAAACACAAAUCUUAAAGGAAGGUGGAUUUAUCGUAGUGAAAGUAAUACAGCAGAUACCGUGAACCCGUGCGUCAUGUGCGUAGAAUGGUACGAUAGACAGCCUGAUCCGGCUUCAUGGAUUGGACAGCUAGGUUCCUGUCCCUGUGGAUUUGAUCAAGGGAGUGGAGAUUUGGCGUUUUCACAAAGUAACAGUACAGCAACCGAUCAACAAUUAGAUGAUUCGUUAUUAGCAGACAUACAAGAGCUAGCUGGGAAUGCAUUCUGCAUACGUACUGUAUUGCCAAAUGGUGACGGCGCAGGUAUGCAAUGCUGUUACAGAAGUGACCAUUCGUUGAUCGAAGGAUUCGGAGAUACUCAGUCGAGUAGUUUUGCACUAAGACAUCAGUUUCAAUCAGUGUUUGCUAUCGAUGCUGAUCAAUACCAACUAUACUUAGAUGACGAUCUAUUUCCACGGUAUUUUUGUUGCGACGCGUCACAGGACCAACAACUGUGUGAUCUUUACAUUGAGAAACGUCCUGCAGGGAAAUGCGAUGGUUACGUUCCACCAAAAACAGGAUGGAUGUUUGGUGACCCUCACUUACAGACACUAGAUGGUAUAGAGUUCACAUUCAAUGGAUUGGGGGAGUAUGUUCUUGUUGAUGUAGACGAUCAAUUUAUAAUUGUCCAGGGUAGAACUGAGAAGGUUGAGGAAAAUGUCAAUGCGACAGUCUUUACAGCCUUUUCCGUACAGCAGAUUGGCUCGACAACGUUUCAAAUUUCGUCGGAGGGUAGUAAUGAUUUUGAAGUUCUUCUUAAUGGAACAGAUGUUAUCAAUCGAACUAUUUUAGGUGCAG